AUGGUUCCCGGACAGAAAUUCACCAACAGCUCAACUGUCAGUAUUCCAGUUACUGUUGAUGCUUUAAAUCACCCAAAUGAAUUCCUAACUUAUCUUGAACCACCAGAGAAGUCAGGUCACAUUCUGAAAUUAAAGGUUGGUUCACCAAUAAUGUUGGUGAGAAAUCUUGAUCUUCCAAAGUUAUGUAAUGGCACAAGUUUAGUUGUUAAGACUUUACUGUCACAUGUUAUUGAAGCAACUGGUCAUUCCAAAAGUGAAGAUGUCUUCAUUCCAAGAAUUCCUUUGCUACCAAAUGAUUACCCCUUUGAAUUUAGAAGGCUCCAAAUCCCAGUUACAAUUUGUUUUGCAAUGUCAAUUAAUAAGGCACAAGGUCAAAGUUUAAAGGUUGCUGGAUUUUUCCUAAAGCAGCUUUGCUGUUCAUAUGGUCAGUUCUAUGUAUGGUUCCAGAACCGUAGAGCCAAGUGGAAAAAGAGAAAGAGGAGCACCAGCGUGCUCAGGAACCCCGGGGUUCUUCUACCAUCUCACAGUCUCACUCCUCUGGGCUUUAUGAGUGAUGGGCUUUGUUCUUUCGGAAGCGGUCCUGAUACACGUUGGUCUAUGACUACGGGUAUGACGCCAAUGGGCACGCCGCCACUGACGCUCGGUCCUUCGACCCUGUCCCGACAAUCUUGUCUCGGUCAGUCGUUAUCUACCUCUUCCAUGUCGGGGAUCAACCAGACUGGUGUCCCACUUAAUCACGGUCCUGCGACAACUUCAGGCUGUAACGUCUAUCAGUCUCAUUACGGUCUGAACACGCUCAACUCUCCAGCCGGAGUACCGCAUUCUCACGGCUUCGCCCAAGUGGCAGUUGGAAUGUCCAUGGCUGUCGCCUCGCCGCAGAACUCAGGUUCCUCCACGCCUCCGCAGUUAUCGGCCGCCUGCACCAUGUCGAUGGGAGGACUUGAUCAAAGCGUCGGCAACAAUGAGGGAGAAGUCUGGCGGGAAACUAGUAUUACAUCACUGCGACGAAAAGCUAUAGAACAUUCGGCAACCAUGUCGGUGUUUAGAUGAAACGUAUCUGUGAAAUUAUACAGUAAAGUAGUUUCUUUCAGUAAAAAAAAAAGUAAAAAAAAGGGAAGAUGGUUGUGAUUAAUAUCCUAGCUAGAUCCAGCUUAAGAUACUGAAAGAGAUUAGGCUUAAGCUACAUACAAGGUAUUUCUUCAACAAUUCGUCAAGAACACCAAACAAAUCAGUGUGUAACUUAAUGUAAUACAUGCUGCUGUUCGGACACCAAAUAGAUCAGUGUGUAACUUAAUGUAAUACAUGCUGCUGUUCGGACACCAAAUAGAUCAGUGUGUAACCUAAUGUAAUACAUGCUGCUGUUCGGACACCAAAUAGAUCAGUGUGUAACCUAAUGUAAUACAUGCUGCUGUUCGAACACCAAACAGAUCAGUGUGUAACCUAAUGUAAUACAUGCUGCUGUUCGGACACCAAAUAGAUCAGUGUGUAACCGAAUGUAAUACAUACUGCUGUUCGGACACCAAAAAGAUCAGUGUGUAACUUAAUGUAAUACAUGCUGCUGUUCGGAUUGAACUUUUGUUUCGUAUAUCAUAUUCUAUUAGCAAAGCUAUGGAUGUUAGAUAUUUUUGUGAUCAGACAA